UAAGGGGAACAUUAACACUCUUCAAGCUCACUUUAGUUUAUGGUGGUUCGCGGAAGUAGCUCAGGUGGAAGGCAAGAAGGCAAAUGGGAACUCCGCCCUAGAUCUUGGCUGCUUAAUCGUUGACCCAAAGCCGUAGAAGCUGAAGCAAUUCAGUAGAACCUUUAAUUUCAUGCAUGGAUCAGCAGAACCUCAUCUAUAUCGUUUUAGCUGUGUCAGUGGUGGGUUGCGCUUGUCAACUCAUUCUUUGCUCUACAGUUAUUUAUCUUCUUGUGCACCUUAAGCGAGUUCAAAAGAAAGUCCAGCGUCUUUCUUUGAGGGAGAACAGUUCUUGUAACCUUAGCAGCAACGAAUCUUUACGCUUGAGAGAACUGCAUCUACUUCCCCUCCGGGCGCAGCAUGCACCAGGUGAAUCCAUCACUGUGUUACAUCGCAAUCCGCAUCCUUCAUUACCAGCACAGUUUAAAACUACAGCAGGAAACCUAAGACGAGAUAAUUUAGGUGAAGGUACAGAGAAGAACAGCAACCUGGAAGCAAACAACGAAGGAUUUGAUGCUUAGUUCACUGUGUCGACUGUGAACGCCAAGAGGUCUGAACAGAUGAAUGAAUUCUGUACUCGUCGUUUUCAGGAGCUAUCAGUACUAAAACUAAACAAAGUAAACAGAGGUAGUUCCGACAGCCAUAAGAGUCUCGUAAAAAGAGUUUAAAAACUACGCUUGUAAGCAUAACUGGCACAAGAUUGGUUACAUGUGAGAUAAGAUUACAAGCAAAUGGUGGUAUACAUGCAUGCGUUCGCUGAGGUCAUGCUUGGCUUAGUCAGUUUACCCUUAAUCGAGCAUUUAGAGGCCAUCGAAAACCGAAUGACUAAAAGGCGGGAUUGUCAGUAUUGCUUUCAGUGUCAGUUGGGAGUUCAACCAAUGGUCUAUGGCCGUGCAUGGACAUAUUUUUUCAUGCCUAACCCCUCAUGGAAUACCCUGUAUAUAGGAAAGCUGUGCAAUUAUCUCUAUCUAGUAACUCAUGGAAAUGAAUGACUCGAAAGAAGAAGGUACUUUUUCGGACAAAACAAUGAGAAAAGUCCCCCCCUAAAUGUCAUUAAUUAGAUAACAUUUCGAUUUCCAAAGACCUCAUUUGCACUGCGAAAGUAAAUGUACUUGGAUUGCGAUCCUAUGAUUAAUUCUAACGAGCAGUGCUUUCCUGAGUUUUUGCAAGUCUUACAAGAGAGCUCCAAUUAGUUAUCAGUACAGCAAAUAUGCAAGCUCAGCAGUAAUGCCGGGAUUAUUCCGAGUUCGUUUGCUAUUUUUACUGUGCCCACUAAAACACAACAUAGAUGAAAUAAGUUUCUAGUAAAAUAUUAACUCAUGGUACUAAGAAUGAUGCGCUAUUAAGGGACGCCGGAUUACAUUUAGUGAAAUUCCUUUUCUUCGACUAAAUUGGUUUUAAUUAAGUGACAUCAUUUCGAGAUUUCGUCUGGUUUCACUUUCAAAGAGCAUCAUCAAUAUUCUUAUAUCACUAUACUUAACCCAUAUUCAGAGUCACGUUUCGUCAGUUUAAAUAUUUAUGAACCAGCUCAUUACUAAAAAGGAAGAAUUCGACGCAUUCCGGCUCAGGAUCAUAUCGAGUGAAGUUUAUGAGAUAGAAAGAGAAGCAUCUCUUUCAAAGUAGCCUGAAUCAUUGUCAUGACCGUAGUCUCAUAAUUUGCAACUGAAGACAAGGCUCAUGAACCUGACAGAGAUCCUGACAGCGGUAGUGUGCGGCUGCUGUGGUCUCCUCUGCAUUGUCGUGCUGUAUCUGUGUGUCGUGGUGAGGAGAAUUCGUCGGGAGUUGAAUGAGCUCUCAAGAGACCAAAGCCCUCUUUACACUGAUGCCAACGACAACGCCGGGAAAACAAUCAAAGAUAAAGACGAGAACAAAAAAAGAAGCUCCUCGGCCGGGCGUUACGCCAUAGACCCUUGUGCAGGCAAGCUACUGAACAGGCCGGGAUCUAUUGCACGACUGGAACCGGACGAGACUGUCACGGUACUCGAGCGCACAAGACCUAAUAAAGAGAUUCCUGAUACUGGCACAGCGAGCACCUCUCAAGAAGCUGGCCCCAGCAAAGAGGGGAUCGCGUUACAGUUCGACAACGCAGCUUACGAGCCCGACGGUUUGCGGGACCAUUCCAGCCGCGAAAGUUCCGGUGAAUAUCGACACACCAACGACGAAUGCGAAGAUGAACAGCCAGUAUACGAAAACACUAACGAGCCGAUAGAUGAGCCAGUGUACCAGAACAGAGGUGACCUUGCCACUUUCAAUAACCCAGAAAGGCCUAGAUUACACACGAUGGAUAUCAUGGAAAUUGCCUAGUCUCAGAAACCCUGAGAUUGAUCAACUUAUAAAUAGAGAUGUCGGUGUUUCAUUGAACAAUGCAUCACAGAAAGGAACUGGGCAUCUACUGCUACUUAAGGAUUUCCGCAUAAUAUUCACUGAGUCAUUGCUCGCUUGUAUGUUGCAAAACGUUUCUUGUUUGAAGUGCAAGAGAGAAACGAGAACAGUUUUCUUGUUUUAUCACAGGUUUCUGUACAGGUUGAGUCUCAUGAACAGCAACAUUUUGUUGGAACCACUCGCUCUUUCACAAAUCUGAUUUUUUCGUUCGUGGUUAAUUAAUUAAUAGUAAUAAUAAUAAUAAUAAUAAUAAUAANUAAUAAUAAUAAUAAUAAUAACAAUUAUAAUAAUAUUUCAAUUAUUCGCUCGUAGACAAUGAUCUUUAUAUUGAAAUAUAUCUGUUGAUAUUUGUUUUAAAAUGUAGUUUUCUAUCUCUCUGCCCAUACUAAACGAGGGCGAAAAAGUCAAAGUGUUUAAUAUACAUUUUCCGCCUAAAUUGCGCGUGUAUUAAGUCUGUUAUGCCAGAUAAACCAUAAAAACCCUAUUGUAAAUAUGUACGUAGUUUGGAAAAUUAUUUUUGUGACGUAGUCGAUGAUUGGAACAAUAAUAUAGAAAUAUAUUGCAAGAAUUGUGUCAUAAGUAUUUUUAUACUGAAUAACACUUUUGCUUGAAAAUUGUAUGCUUUUAUCUGGUCAUACUAAGAAUAAACGCGCCAAAAUCAAAAUUCACUGAA